AUGAGCCGCUCAGGAGCGGGCCCCUGGGUAGGAGGGUCUGUCCUGGCCACGGCCGCCCUUCGCGCGGCUCAUCAGGCCUUCACCGGCCCUGUGGUGGACUUCGAGCACGUGCUCUCCAGGUGCAGGGCUGUGGAGUGGGGGCGGCACGAGCUGGACAUCCCGUCACUCUGCUUGGGGGUGAUCCUGGGGCUGGUUCUAUGGCCGCUGCUCGAGCUCGUGGUGCUCCUCAAGCAGUGGAUGGUGGUGAGCCUUCGGGUUCGUCUGCUACAAGAUCAGCUGAGGUGGUUGGCGGGAGAGGUCAAGCAGUUGCGCUUCGGCCUCAACGACAUCAAGGCCGAGAUCGAACUCGUCAACAGCAAGAUCGAGCGCAUAGAGGACCAUAUCUUGGGAGCGGAGGAUUUUGAGCUUGUGAUGGACGAGCCCCCUGAACCUGAAGGCCUUGGUUGUCGUCAUGGGGGAACCGCAGAUGGACCAGGAUUUUCGGGGCGACCUGUUGGAAAAGUUGGGUCGAAGGGCAAGCCUGGUGGAAAGACGGAGGAGGAGCGUGCAGAGAUCGCGCAGGGCAUCGGUCGGUUUUUCAUUCGGUGCCUCAACGGCGGCUAUCGGGGCAAGUCGGGCAGGGACAACCUGGACUUGCCGAGCUCCAUCUUCGUGGUGAUUCGGGACAUCUGGGGCGUUGUGCACCUCGACCCGGUGAAGGUUUUCGACUCCUACCAGGGGGCCAAGGCCGUGGUGUCGCUCAAGGGCAAGUUCGGGGACUCCAUUUUCUGUUGCGGUGUCUACGGCCGGCGGGAGCUGGCCGAGGACACAAUGAGUGAGCUUGCGGAAUCUAUCAGGGACGGAGGGAUCGACCUUGCCUCCGUUGCCGUCGUCAGCAACAAGGUCGAAGGAGGGGUGGCAUUUGACUACACCCCAUUGCGGUUAGAGCUUGACCGCCCCGAGGGCUCCGUAGUCUCCCUGGGCGUGGUGGUGGUCGCCUCUGUUGAGGACGGCCGCGGAUUAGUUGCAGUUCCAGGGGAAGUGUGGAAUCGGGUGACGGCAAGACGGGUUCUACCUUCCGGAGCCCUUGAAAAGCCAUUGGCCGCCACAGUGGCGGGAUGCCUGGCCGAGGACAUGCUGGAAAGCGAGGACGGCCUCGACGUCAAGAUCUGGCUUGGUUGGAUGACCCCGGAGUUGCUCGACAAGUUGGAAGAGGGGAUCGACAGCCCGCUGGAUUACCCCUUCAAAGGUCGGCGAGGGGAGACAGGCCUCGACGGCAUCAACCUCUCCCUCAAGGAGCUCACCAAAUCACUGAAGAAAGAGGAACCGGCUUCCGCCUACGAGACCCCGGACGAGGUUGCUCCACCGCCCGGCCUUCAACGAGCUCCUGCUCUAAAGAAAUCCAACCCCCUGGGUGGAAAGGGCGAAGCAAAGGUCACAGGGCUCGACGCCGGGGUUGUUCGAGCCGCCCUUGCUGCCGGAGUGCCCCUCGAGCACCUGGAGAUCAUGGGCGACAUGGUGAAGAAGAAGCCAGGGCGCCUCGCCGAUGUUCCUCGGCAUCCGGGAGCGCGAGACCGGGCCCAACGAGCCUUGUCCGAGAGCGAAGAGGAGGACCUGAACGAACCGGUUGCGGAAGAUUUGGAGGAGCCGGAGGAUCCAGUAGGGCGAGCUUUGGUGCGGCUGACCAACAUCGUGCAGAACCUCACCGAGAGCAAGCAGAAGAAGAAGGCCACGAGUUUAGAAGAGGCCCUGGAUGGGUGCGGGUCCUCCGGAGGUGCUGGCGGAGACGCCCUGGGGCUUUCCUUCCGGCGUCAAGCCCAAGCCUAUCGCCAGCUGCAGAAGGCCCUCAUCGAGAACCCCAAAGACAUCUGCAAGAGCAUCAGCGCGAACAUGAGAGAGGACUUCGCCCUUCGCCGAGGCGGUCCUGGGUGUGCGGACCUUCACGCAACAUGGCGGGGGUGGGCAGAGCACCGGUCGCGCAUCCAGAAUUUUCCUUCGGUGGUGCGAUGGUCAUGGGCGGUUGCCGGAGCUCUGGACGCGUUGGAGUCUGGGUCUCAGGACGAAUGCAAAGCUCGCCUUAUGCUGAUGCUGGCUCAGGCCGACCAACAGGCAAUCGACCGAGGCUCGUGGUUGAUGGCUCAGGAGUUCUCUCUGGAGGCACCCCCGCCGUACAGCUCCUUCGCGGCCCAUCAAGCAAUCACGGCUGCCGAACUACAACACAGCAAACUGAUCGAUCCUCGAUGGGUCGACACCUUCAUGUCCCACCUACGGGAGGCAGACGACUACGCCGACAGGAGGAAGAAGUUGGACUCAAAGCAAAGGCCCAAUCCGGCCUGGAGCAGCGAAGGUCACCAGGAGCCCGCUUACAAGAAGGGCGCCGGGAAGACCAAGAAAGGCUUCGGGAAGAAGGGAGAGGGGGGAGGGGACGGCGGCAAGGCCACGGGCGCGCUCUGGUCAGAGGAGGCCCCGCAAGAGAGGGCCACAGCUCCUGUUUGGCCUAUGCCGCUGCCUUACUUUGAGGUUUUCAAGCCUGGCGGAUCCCCGCCCGAUGAGGAGGCGGCGGUGGUGAGCCGGCUUGAGCGGCUUAGUGGAGCUUGGAAAUCCUACCCCGACAUCCCCGCAGAGGAGAUGGGACGGGGUGCAGCAAAAAUUGAGUUGUUUGAGGAAAUCACGGGCAAGUUGGAGGCCUCGUUCACUGCGCUACACGCGCCGAUGCCCUAUGCCUCUCAAAAGAAGAAGAAGUUCUCCUCAGGGGCCGCACAGCACAGUCGCCCCACGGUCCUGGGGCGUUCUAGGAACGGCAACGUCUCUGCCGCUCAGGAGAUUGUGGCCGACAGGAUCCGUUUCCACGGGAAGCCUUGCUUUGAUCCUCGGCCCUAUCUCGAUCCUGGUAGCAAGGAGCUUUACGAACGCCCCCUAGAGCUUGCAAUGGCCAAAGACCUUUACAUGGGCGUCAUCCCGCGAGUCAGAGUUCAUGCGAGCCCGUCUGAGAAGUUGAAGCUCUUGGAGGUCUUCGACAAGGCAGGACGCCUUGGCUUUGUGGGCUACUCCACGGUGGACCCGGAGUUGGUGAACGGCCUGUUCUCCGUGGUCAAAGACUUAGAAAAGGACAGGCUGAUUUUAGAUGCUCGUCCUGGAAAUUGCUUGCAGGAGCCGCGGAAUAGGUGGAUCUACUCGAUGGGAAGCACCCGAGCGAUCCUGGAGAUAGUCCUCAGACCUCGAGAAACCCUGGUGAUGGCCACGGACGACCUCAAGGACUUCUACUACUGCUUUACGGUUGGAGCAGAGAGGAUGCGGCGGAACGCUCUGCAGGGCCCUUUGCCUACGCACGUGGCUAAGCGCUUCUCCGCGUUCCCUUCGGAGCUCAGUCGGGAGAAGUCCGUUUACGCCUGCCUCAAGUCUCUGGCCAUGGGUGAUUCCUCGGCGUGUGAGUUUGCCCAGACCUGCCACAUAGCCAUGGGCCUGCGGGCCCGCGCCUUCGACAUGCGGCAUUUGUUGACCCUCCGAGGCCGGGUACCACGGGGCGACUUCAUGGCUGGGGUUGUGAUUGACGACUUGGUCAUGAUGCAGAAGGCUCCGGGCCAGUACAAGAGCGUAGGGCUCACAGCUCACCCGACCAAGGGCUCCACCGACAGCACUGUUGGUGAGUUUUGGGGCGCCCAUCUCGAUGGCAUCAGCGGGCUGGUCCGGCCAAACCCGCGGAGGGUCAUCCCAAUCGUGAUUGUCACCUACAGGAUCGCUUCGCUGGGCGUCUGCACCAUCGCCUUGCUCGAGGCAUUGACUGGAUGCUACUGCGCCAUCUUCGGUUUCCGGAGGAGGCUCAUGUCCCUCAUCGAAGGCGUGUACGGCAUCCUCUCUAACAUGGACAGGCGGGACAUCAUUCGGCUUUCCACCAAGCAUCUGCGACGAGCUAUGUCCUGGGCUUUGCUCAGCCCGCUGGCCGUGGGUGACUUGCGAGCGCAGCCACACCCGUACCUCUACAUGACCGAUGCCUCGGACUGGGGGGAAGCUGCAGUUUGCAGUCGCCUCCCCGAGCCCUUGGCACACGAGUUCCUGCGGCACUCCGUGAUCAAGCCUACUUGGACGCGGUUGCUUUCCCCUUUCAAGGUCUAUCUCAAGGAGCGCGGGAAGCUGCCCCCUGAGCUGGAGUUGCCCGAUGGGUCGUGCUUCAGGGAUCAUCCGUUGUGGGAAACAGCCGCUCGGUGCUUAUCCUACAGCGUGUGUCGGGCCAGGCAUGCUCGCCGGCCUAGGCACAUCAACAUCGGGGAGGUAAGGGCUGCUUUCAUCGCCGAAGAGGCUGUGGGGCGCGAGGGUGGCGACGCUCGAGUACUGAUUGGCAUUGACAGCCAGGUCGCCAUCGGCGUGCUAUGCAAAGGCCGAUCGGCUUCCCCUUCGCUGAAUGCCGAGCUCCGAUCCAGCCUCGCUAGGUACCUCGGUUUUGGCAUCUACGAGCACGUCGGCUACGUGAGGUCUUUACAAUCCCAGCGAUGA